AUGAAAGCCUUUUUCGCCCUUACCCUCGCGGCCCUCUGCCAGUCCGCAUACUGCAUGAGAGAUGGAAGCUACAUCAUUGCAUCCGGCUCCCAAGUCCUGACAGAGAGAAUGCAUGCGCAAGGAAAGCCUCUCAUCUUCGAAGCCAAGAAUGACAAGCCCGGCCAGAUCUGGGACUUCAUUCCCAUGGAGAAUGGGUACUUCAAGAUCCAAAACGACCGUGGGGAAUACAUCAACUGCGGUGAAUACGAAGACGGAGCUACCUGCUUUGCUGGGGAGAAGCCUGAGCUCUUCUUGCCCGAGUACCAGAACGACAACUGCUACCAGCUUGUUGCAAAGGGGCGUGAAGCAAAGGAGAGCGGUUACUUCUUGCGCAUCGCUAAGAAUGGGGAGCUGAAGCUUGCUGAAUAUGAUGAUAGCGAGAGUGAGAAGUUCAAAUUGGUUCGAGUUUAG